UCACACACAAAGCAGAGACAUAUAUAUAAAUCGAAUCUAGGGUUUUCAAUUUCUCAGCUCUUGCUCGCAUCGAAUCUCUGUAUUAACUCUAAAAGAACUUAAUUUUCCAUCUAACAGAGACACAGAGGUCUAAUGGCUGCUGCCAACGAUAGUGCUAAUGCUCCAACACCUUUGGAGAGAGAACAGAUCUUUGGGAUGGCGGAAAAGGAAAUGGAGUAUAGGGUGGAGUUGUUCAACAAGCUUACACACACAUGUUUUAAUAAGUGCGUUGAGAAAAGGUACAAGGAGUCUGAACUAAAUAUGGGUGAAAAUAGUUGCAUUGAUCGCUGCGUAUCAAAAUAUUGGCAUGUGACUAAUCUAAUUGGCCAGCUGCUAGGUUCAGGUCGGCCCCCAAUGUGAAAUUAAGGCUAUUCUGAAAUUUGUUCUACAUUAGUUACGUGUUUACCUGGCUGGCUGCCAAAGGUUGAUACUGGAAUGAUUUUUGUUUGUACCAAACUUUAUGAGGUGGUUCCAUUUUGUUAAAAAAAAGAAGUAUAAGCGGCAAUUUGAAUUUAUGCUACUCCUAGAUUUAAGUCAUAAAAUUGUUAGCUCUUCAUAAAUGAAAUAUUAUUCUUGGAAAAAUCAUCAGUAUUUUGUGAUGAUUCUAUAACAUGUUGAAUUGUUUUUGCUGC